GGUGACGACUCCCUGAGGAAGCACAAGAACAAAGCUCAGGUGACGAUUGAGGAAGCUUACGAUCAUACCGAACUGGAAUGGCCUUCAACUGUUGAUGCCUAAAUAUUUCUAGGUUCUUAGUGGUUUAUGAUGCCUCCUAAGGGAAGAGAGCAUUGCCAAAGUUUAAGGCCCGACAUCCUUAGCAAUCUUCCCCAUAAUGUAAUCGACGUCAUUCUGAUACAUUUGCCUUGCAAAGAUGCUGUGAGGACAAGUGUUUUAUCAAAGAAAUGGAGGUAUCACUGGUGUAGACGUACGGAGUUGACCCUUGAUGAAUCUCUAUGGAAAACAAGAGAGGAUUUACUAAACCCUACAGUUAGAUUUAGGGAGAUCAUCUACCAGCUCUUGACCCUUCACGAAGGGCCCAUUACUAAGUUUACCCUCAACAUCGUUCAUCUAAAAAGGUGUCCUGAAGUUGACAACUUCAUAUUUUUCCUCAGGAAUCACAUUCAAGAUCUUGUUCUGCACCUUCCAUUUGGAAAGCGAUACACAUUGUCAUCUAUACUUUUCACAUGUUCGCAGCUGAGACAUCUAAAUCUCCAUUCUUGUUCAAUUUAUCAUCCAUCUGCCUUUGAAGGAUUUGAUAAGUUAAUCAGCCUGGAACUAUGUGGAGUCUCAACUUCUUCUGAAUUGCUGGAAAGUUUGAUAUCUCAUUGCCCCUUACUUGAGCAAUUGGUGCUGUCUACCACAGAAGAUUUAGACAGGAUUGAAAUUAAUGCUCCUAUGCUGAGAUUGUUCAGUUUCACAGGCGAUAUAAGUUCUAUCUGCCUAAAGAAUGUCCCUCGUCUGGUAGAAGCAUCUCUGCUAGGUGACAUUGAGCAGGCAGAGAGUCUUGAUUUUGCAAAGAUUUUCGAGUCUUGUUCUGCUCUCGAGGACCUCAGCUUGAACUUCUUAAAUUCGGAGUUCGUUGCUGAAGAAGGAUAUGAAAUACCAACAAGGCUUCCCUAUAAUCUUAACAAUGUCAAACAAUUUUACCUGCCUGACAUUUUGCUGGUGGAAUCAUAUAAGCUUUCUUAUGUUCUUUGCUUGAUAAGAAGCUUCCCAUAUUUGGAAUAUCUCGAAAUGGAGGUUUGUGAUGAAGAUGAUAGUGAUACUGAUGAAGAAUCUACUGAAGAAUCCCUUCAACCCGAAACUUUGUCAGACCUGACAUUUAACCACCUUGGGGAAGUUCAGCUUGGAAGCUUUAUAGGAAGAACAUCCGAGAUGCAGUUUAUCAAGCAUUUGUUAGCCAACUCCCCGGUGUUAGAGAGGCUGGUAAUCAAUCGACAGUUUCUAGAUGAGGGGCCUCUCGACACAAGAGAAGAAAUAUUCACUGAGAUCUCAAAUUUUCCGCAUGUAUCACCUAAAGCAGAAAUCGUCUACAAAGAUUUAAGCUGAUCUUGAUCUUUGGCUUAGAAGAAUCAAAUUGACAAGCGCGAAAGAGACAUUUAUGUGGUAUUAUAACUCUCUGUUUUACCUUGCUAUAACGUCUAUUUCGGAACGUGAACAUUGCUUGGAUGGAUGUUUUGAUUAGUUUGUUGUCAUUACAUGUUUAAGGAUUUCUAUAUUUACUG